AGUAUCCUGCCAAGCAACGUACAGCUCAGUCACCUCCGAACGUCGAUCCUACACGGACACGGAUCGCGCACCGAACCGCGCUAGUAGACAUACUAACACACUAUCACCGUUACCUGCCAUUUAUUGAGCUUUAUAAGCAAAGCGCAUCGAAAAGCGCACCAUGUGUACACCAUCCACACCACCUACUGUGUUCAUUAGUUUAACCUACUUCGAUUGAAUUUAAACGGUGCGCGGGUUUUCGAGUGCGAAAGUGUUACAAAUGUUUGGGGCAAACAGUUCAAACGUGUCUGAUUAGGCAAUGUUCUUUUGGAAACGCUAGAAAAGCCACGCUUCGGGACUGCCUGCUAGGAAAAAAGCGGAGGUUUGGCCAGACUCACACACACAUACAGAGAGAGCGCGCGGAAGCGUUUUGCGUCCGCCGUCCCCAUAGUAGGUAGUAGCUUUCUAGGCCAUCAGUAUACUAAGGUGUCACCCAAGUGAUGAUGUGUGCCCCCGCACAUUUAACCGUGUUCCUCCGGGUUUUACAGGUGUGAAUAAGGGAAUCCGCGUCAGCUCCCAGUUUGCAGGCUGCCCCAUUAAAUCUGAUAGUAAAACCGGUGACGUGCCGAACAUCCUGGAACAUGAUCAAUCGCAACUACAGCAGCAAACCGAAGCCGAUCGUGCAGAAAGGUGCGAGCAAUGAGGAAAGUGACGAUACGAAUGAGGACACGUCGUCCGGGACGGCUGAAUCCGGUACCAGCUCGGACUCGGAGUCAGAGAUGGACACAACCGAAACGUCCUUCUCGUCCAAGAGCACUACCGAGUGUGGUGGUGUCAGCAACUCCGGUGCACCGUGUAAACAGCUCCAGAGCCAGCAGGGAUUGCUGCGGAUGAACAAUCGCAACUAUGCGGUGUACUGUGGUGGAGAUACGGAUACGAAAAACUCCAAACAUUUCUGCCAUCAUCAUCAUCACCAUCACCAUCAUCACCACCAUGGGGAUGAUGAGAGCAAGAAGGAUGUAAACUGUUGUAGAAGUGCUCUCGACCAAAAUACGCGCCUUGUACAUAGACUCAAGAAAUCGAAGAAAACACUACCGAUCAGUAUUUGCAUACUCAACUGCCGCUACGACAUCAUAACGCGCGUCUGCAAGCGACUCGGCUAUCGGUUAGUCAAUGAGUCCGAUCUCUGGAACGUGUGCUGGACGGAUUCGUUCGUGGGUGUCGAUUUCUGUCGCGAUAUGCGUCGCUUCCAGAAGGUAAACCACUUCCCGGGGAUGUUCGAGAUCUGCCGUAAGGAUCUGUUGGCCCGCAAUCUCAACCGUAUGCUAAAGCUGUUCCCAUUGGAUUACCAGAUUUUUCCCAAAACGUGGUGCUUUCCCGCCGACUUGGGUGAUGCGAUAGCCUACAGUCGUACGCACCGGAGCAAGACGUUCAUCCUGAAACCGGACCAAGGUUCACAGGGGAAAGGUAUCUUUCUGACGAAAAACCUUAAGGAAAUCAAUCCGAAGGAUCGUAUGAUCUGCCAGGUGUACAUUACGAAACCGCUGCUGAUCGAUGGGUACAAGUUUGAUUUGCGCGUGUACACAUUGAUCACGUCGACUGAUCCGUUGCGAAUCUUUGUGUACAACGAAGGUUUGGCUAGGUUUGCCACAAACAAGUACAAGGAGCCGUGCGUUACGAACGCUUCAAACACCUUCAUGCACCUGACCAACUAUUCCGUCAACAAGUACAGUAGGACCUUCUCGAAUGACGAUGAGGCCGGUUCGAAACGGCGUUUCUCCACGCUGAAUCGGAUCCUUACUGCCGAAGGGUAUGAUAUCGCGGAGCUGUGGAGCAACAUCGACGAUGUGAUAGUGAAGACGGUGAUGAGUGCCUGGCCAAUGCUGAAGCACACGUACACGGCCAGCUUUCCGACGCACGAUAUCAUUCAGGCGUGUUUUGAAGUGCUUGGUUUUGACAUUCUGAUCGACCACAAGCUGAAACCGUACGUCCUUGAGGUGAACCAUUCACCGUCGUUUCAUACCGACGAAGCGAUCGACAAAGAGAUCAAGGAAGCGCUGAUCGCCGAUACCUUCGUUAUGCUCAAUCUGAACGGUGAGGUAAAGAAGCGUGUACUCGAGGAGGAUAAGCGACGGAUUCAGAAUCGACUGUUGCAACGGCUGCGUGAUUAUUCCAAGCAAACCGGUGGUAGUAAGGAUCAGCAGCAGAAUCAGCAGCAGCAACAGCAACAACAGCAGGGACGUGAUGGAAACGAUCAGGACGAAGAUCCGUACGGGGAGGAUGGUAUGGGUCCGUGGGCGGAACAGAUCAACUGGGAGGAAACGCAUCUCGGUGGCUAUCGGCGUAUUCUUCCUGCGCCCGGUGAUCCCAACCGGUAUCUGCAGUUCUUCAUCGCCCAAAGCCAAGCGUCGGUGUACAAUGAGACUGCUGCCAGUAAGCGACGAGAAGAGUGCGCCAAACAGCAACGGAUCGAGCUAGAGGAACGUUUCCGACUGAACCAAGCUAUUCUGCACAAGCACAAUCCAAAGCUGCAGAAGGGUGGGAUCGGAGCGGGUGAAGAUGGUACGGGUGGUAACGGGGCUACCGGGCCUGGAUCGUUGGCUGCCAAGAAGAAGAUCCGCAAACGCAAGGUAUCGAAGGUGACGAAGAAGCACGACGAGUUCACGCCGGACCAGAUUGCGGACUACGAGGAACGGGAACGUAUGGCGUUGCUUGGGCAACGUGAUUUCUUAAUACGCACCUGCGGGUUGGUGCAGAAUAUAUACAUAAACUUUCAUCGGAACAAGCUACUAACCGAUUCCGAUCGCCGCAAGUACAAGGAAACGUACGCAAAGUUAAUCACCAACGAUCAUCUGCAGCAAUCCGAGGCGUCUCCACUGUCCACCCAUACGUUCUCCACCAUUCACAGUACCAGUACCGUGGCAGGAUCAACAUCAACCGGCGGUUACGGAUACAGUGGAAACACGAACAAUACCACAACCUGUUUGCCAAGUCUCCAGAACGGCACCAGCAUAGGUCCACAUUCGGCGGCCCAGCAGCAACAUCCGUCCCAGCAGCAGCAACAGCAACAGCAACAUUCCUCGAAUCAGCUACAGAAACUGCAAAUCAAAAGUCUGGUCGCCAUCAACGACGUUACCUCGUGGAUGCAGUGCACGGAGGUACCGGUACAGAGCCGUCCACCGUUGCCGUAUCUGCUCGCAACGCAACCGACCAACUAUCGGAGCACCAAAUCGACCAUGGCCCGGCAGGUGACGAACGUGGUCAAGCGGCACAGCAUGGAAUCACGCCAAUACUACACCUCGGACAAGCUCAUCUAGUAUUGACUCCGGCACGGCAUUACCGGGCCGUGCGUUAGUAAUAGCAGCAAAACUGCCUAUUCAAUCCUCUUCCUACUUGGACUGCUGAUGGGCGAUGUGUAUUUGCCAUUUUAUUCAAAGCUCAGGUGCGAUUUCGAUGGUGAAACGUGCAAAAAUUUUAUAAUUUUUAAAUUCUGAAGGACACACAGUUGAAUUUGCAGUAAAGAGGGUAUACAUCCCCUCUUUUUUGCUUCCGAAUGUUUACGAGUGUUGUUUUUUUUUUUGCUGUCUCCGCUAAGUUAUUCAAUGGCUGAGAACGUUGGCAGAAGGAACCAUUGCUAAAAAAACCCGUUUGAUUAAAAAUUUAAUGUUUAUUAAUAAUAAAGGAAUAACAAAUAAUAAUCAUUAGCAUCUAUAUGUACACGGUAAAUUGAACAAUCUUUUGUUUCGCUUUUCGGUUUGUUCUGUGUAAUGGGAUGUAAGUGUUUAUGUUUUUGUUUUGUAUGUGAGUUUUGUUUCAUUUCUAGUCUCUCACUCUCACUUCCUAUUGCUCCGUUUUUC